GUGUCUGCAGCCAAUCAUGUGACACUGAAGUCGGGGCCAGAACAUGUGGGACUUCCUGCUGUUCCGAAGCAGAGGAGGGGAGAGGACGGAAAAACACAAACAGCCUGCAGAGCCACUAUACAGGAAUAUACAGUUUUUCUUGGUUGGAGGUCACAUUUGGAAUGAGUAUGAUUGUUUAUGUUUUUCUUGCUGAUGUUUUUUUCUUGAAGAGUGAAAUUGUUUGUGCAAUCAUAACAUGUGGAAACUCCAUUUUGCUGUCAGGAAAGAAGUAGUGUCACUGAAGCUGGAGGAAACAGACCGAUGAUGGUUGCUAAAGAAAUGAGUAGUGAACACAUGGAGACAGAGAGCGAGCCGUGGACAGAGAGCCAGAGUGAUGAGGACAGUGAUGUGGAUGUGGAUAGCCUGAGUGGUUCAGAUGGGAGCUGUGCCACUGAGUGGUAUCACCACCACCAGCUGGAAACGGACAUAGAGGCAGUCAGGACUUUAUAUUCAGACUCUGCCAUCUCUAUCAGGGAGUUUGGGUCGAUUGAUGAUGUGGAUGUUGACUUGACUAUAAACACAGACGUUUUGGAUCACGAAGUGGCCGAGGCCUGGAGGAUUAAUCCAUCAGAACCCAUCGUCAUCCGUCUGCACUUUUCACUGUCUCAGUAUCUGGAUGGACCUGCACCUUCAGUUGAAGUCUUUCAGCCUUCCAACAAAGAUCAAUUCAGUCUUGGGAAGCAACUACAGAAUAUCCUCACAAUAUUUCUUUCUCGGGAGUGGAAACAUCUGACCAAUGAGAACAUCGUGGUCCGACGGAAAAGCAGACAAAGCUGGUUCAGGCGAAGUGGAACCAUCAAGAAAUUCCGAGCAAGACUCAGCAUCCGGCUCCCCCCGUCAAAGUCCGAUUAUCUUCAGGAAUCAGUUGGAGGAAGGAUCAUUUUACCACCAAUGAAACGGAACUGUUUCACCAAUCACAAGACUUCCUACAACAUCAAGAAUCCCACAGGAGAGCUCUUCACCUACACACCCAGUGGAAAGAGGGUGGCGGUGUCUGCAGUCAAGUCUUCAGCACAGCUGAGCACUAAACAGCUGAUCGAGCUGCUUUUCUCGUCACAGGCCAUCGGGCACUGUAAGACCACCCCGACUCUGCAGCACGGCUUCUUGGUACAGAUAAUGAGGUACGCUGAGCAGAGACUCCCCACGCUGAAUGAAUACUGUGUGGUCUGUGAUGAGCGACAUGUGUUUCAGAAUGGCCCCAUGCUAAAGCCAGCAGUUUGCAGCAGGGAGCUAUGUGUGUUUUCUUUUUAUACGUUGGGUGUCAUGUCUGGAGCUACAGAAGAGGUGGCCACCGGUGCAGAGGUAGUUGACUUGCUGGUGGCCAUGUGCAGAGCUGCUCUUCAAUCUUCACGCAAGAGCAUCAUAUUUGAACCGUACCCCUCUGUUGUCGAUCCAUACAACCCCAAAACUCUGGCCUUCAGUCCUAAGAGAAAGAGCUACGACAGGCUGCAAAAAGCUCUAGACAGCGUUUUGUUAAUCAGGAGAAUGGCCCAGGGUCCAUAUUCUGAAACAAAGAAGCAAAUGGAUAAAAUAGACCCUCUUGCUCAUCCCUUGCUGCAAUGGAUUUUAGCAAGCAACAGAUCACACAUUGUCAAGCUUCCACUAAACAGGCAACUUAAGUUCAUGCAAACACCCCAUCAGUUCCUGCUAAUCAGCAGCCCCCCCUCCAAAGAAGCUCGCUUUCAAACUGCCAGGAAACUUUACGGCAGCACCUUUGCUUUCCAUGGUUCCCACAUUGAAAACUGGCACUCUAUUCUGAGAAACGGGCUUGUUAAUGCCUCCUAUACUAAAUUACAGCUUCAUGGAGCUGCAUAUGGGAAAGGCAUCUAUUUGAGUCCCAUCUCUGGCAUAUCAUUUGGAUAUUCAGAGAUGGGUAAAGGGCAGCACCAAAUGCCCUCAAAGGAAGAACUCCUAAAGAGAUACAACCAAUUAAACCAAAGCAAACAGGACCAGCCUGUGCAGGCCAGGUUCCUGCAAAACAGGAACUUAAACUGCAUCGCUCUCUGUGAAGUGAUAACUUCAAAGGACCUUCAAAAGCAUGGGAACAUUUGGGUGUGUCCAAUAUCCGACUACGUGUGCACACGUUUCCUGUUUGUGUAUGAGAAUGGUCUGGUGGGAGAUGUCCAAAUCAACACUCAGGAAGCCAGUAUCCACAGGGAAAUUAUACAAGUGAUUGCUUCAUAGCCGUGCUGAGAAAACCAAUAAGCACACUAGUACAGUAUAUCCACAUAUUGUGAUAAGAACGCGGGUUUAAUAUGAAAACACAGACUGAGAAUAUGUUUCUUAAUGUCUACACAAUGUUUUAAUGUUUUGAUGAGUGAACAUUAUAAAUUAGCUGCCAUUACUGAUCCUUUUUUGAUAGAAAAAGAAAAGAAAAAUUCACAAAAUGCUUUUUUAAAAAACUGUUUCAGUAGAUAUGUGCAGCUAUGUGUUUGGUCUUACAACUGUAAAGUUUCUUUGCCUUAUACCUUGAUCUACAGUGUAUUGCAUUUUCAUUCACAAGACUGAUAACUCUUCAUUUUAAAUAUAUUUUGUACAUUUUUAUAA